AUGCAGAAUUUGUUUCAAAGUCACCCAUAUUCAACCCGCGUCGGUACUCUUAUAGAGCGCGUCACAGAUAGUGGAAAGUUGGCAAUAGACUGGACUAUCGUGCUGGAGAUUUGUGACGCUCUAGGCGAAACAGAUGAAGGGCCAAAGGAAGCCAUUCGCGCCAUUCGAAAACGCUUGACUUCAUCGGCGGGCAAGGAUCACAUCAGCAUUUGGUACACCCUUAUUCUCAUUGAAGCCUGUCUCAAAAAUUGUGGUCGCCGCUUUCAAGCUCAGGUCGCCAACCGCGACUUUCUUCACGAUCUCAUCAAAGUUCUUCUCCCCAAACACAAUCCGCCGAUUCAAUUACAAACUAAAAUUCUAUUUCUCAUUAAGUCUUGGGUCGAUGCAUCCUGGGAUGUUCCAGGACGACGCGAUUUGGAAAAGGUCUACACAGCACUUCGAAGAAAAGGCGUCCAAUUUCCCACUCCCAUAGAAUGUAAAACUCUUCCUCCACCACAACAAUCAUCUACAAGUCUGUUUCCAACACCUCCCGCCUACGAGGUAGAUAUUUCGCUGGUGCACUCGGUGGAGGCCGAGUUUUUGAUGCUCCAUUUAUCUCUAAUUCUUCUUCCGCGUCUAGAUGAAACGACCCGUCUCAUCAAGUGCUACAUCUCGUUCCACCAAAUUGGCCAGCACAUUUCGUCGACUUACGAGUGGAAGGAAGAGAAGGACCUCUUCAUUGCAAUCACAAGCAAUUCCAUGUCGCUGUCGACUUUAAAAAUCAUCGAGGCUCUCGGUGGUGGUGGCGACUGUCGAUUUAAGACGCACUUCUCCUCCUUGUCACAAAAUCGUGCUGAUGAUAGCCGACGUUGUCACUACCAUCAACAACAGAGUGUCUCAACCUCACAUCUUCAACGUGUUGGAACUUCCGAGUCACCCGUGACAGAUCGGGCUCGAGAGAGCGGACGCCAAAUUCGAAUUUGCAGUGGGGGCGGUAGUGGCACCGGUGGGAUAGAACCCGGGGCUCAAGUCCUACAAGUUGUGGCUAUCAAUGGAUAUCCUGUAGUAACCAGAAACGUUGCCGAUGUCUUGUAUAUUGCGCAGGUGGUUGGAUGUGUGGAUAGUAAUGGUGCGGGUGGAGAAACUGGGUUGGGAGAUGAGGCCACACCCCAAAUCCAUCCAGAAAUGGGCUUUUUUUCUCAAUUUUCUUUUUCUUUUCACUGCAUUUUGGGACCUAAAAGUCAAGAGGUCUUCUUCGCAACUGCACCACGCACAUUUUUGAAUCACCAUCAGCAGCAGCAGCAGCAGCAGCAACAGCAUCGGUACCAACACCAGCAGUAUGAGUCGUCGCAGCAGUUGCAACAGGCCUCAUCCACCACACAUCACUCGAUGCCAUCAGGGAUGUACAGCCUCAGUGGCGAUCAGACACUGGUUGAUCACGAGGGCACGGUUCGUCGACUGAGCACUGCCCAACGUGAGCGGUUGAGUCAAGACUUGACAGUGGUGCAGACCAAUCUCCACAUUCUCAAUGACAUGCUCACUGAGCUGCAACCAGAUGCCAUAUCUCCGGAUGACCUUGAACUACUGCAGAGAGCGAACCAGGUGAAGUGA